AUGUCAUACCUUUAAUAUGCUUUCCAGGGUUCGUAAGUACAAAUGCGGGUGAUUUGCCUCAGUACUUACAUCCAUUAAAACGCUUUGCCAUGGCAUUCGGAUCAUCACCAGUUAUUGGUGCAAUAAAUAUCAUGUACCCCGUUUUAGAUGCAAAUAUUAAUGAUGGUGGUAAGUCUUUUAGAAAGUGUGAAGAAAUUAACGUUACCGGUCAAGCUGCGGAUAAAGAAUUUGCAAAAAAAUUUUGGGAAAAAUGUGAAGAGUUAUUAAGAAACUUUGAUCCAAACCUUUUGGAAUAA